AUGCCUGUUGGAAGUAGUAUAAUUCCUUGGACGAGAAGGCUAAAAGACAGCAGGCCCCAGUGGCAUAAUUCGCAGGACUCUACUGGUACCUUUUAUCGCAAAAUGGGUCGAGAUUUGUCGUGUUGGGAAGCCGUGGGCAAAGCUCGCGAGACGUUCAUCCUCAUCGCGGCUGAAAUUAAGGUCUAUCUGGAAAAACACAGCGAUCCAGUUCCUUAUCCGGUGACAUGGACUAUUUAUAUGAUCGGGCGAACCAAAGAGACAUCUCAGCCGAUGAUUAUGUUUUGUUGCAGGGACUCGCAUUCUCGGAAACAAGUUAGAAAAACUGUGGAGGGGAGUGGGAUUCUGGACCAAUAUCAGAAAGUGGGAGUCGGGGAUGCUUCACGGCCUCCAGAUUUCGAUCAACUUGUGCAGUUGGCCGGCGAGUCUUUCGAAUCUGCCAGUUUUGGCGUUUCCGACCCAAACCUAAAUCUAGAAGGUAUCUGGGGCUUGGACGAGAGUUUUUAUGCGACUAAUUUUGCCUUUGCUAAGGAAGCUGGGGUAUUUUUUGGCAAGCCGAUCGCUCUUCCCUUCUACGACAAAGAGGGGUCCCUCGCCUCCGUACGAAUGGCCACUGCUGGUGGUGUUCUGAGAUCGGGGGGAAGAUGUUUUUACCUAACGGCCGGUCACGUAUUCAAACCCGUCGCGGAUUUCUCCGUCCCUCACCAAGCCGAAGACGAUAACAGUUUCGAGUUUGAUAUUGGCGAAAGAAGCGAUUCUGAAGAUGAUUCUGAUUUCAUAGAAACAACUAGCAGAGGGAGCAUCACACCAGAUCUUGCUGAAUCCGAUAUCUCAGAAGCCAUGACAGCAUCUGUUGGCGAUUAUAUCGAGUCCACAUCGCGUCCGGAAUGCACCUUGGCUAAAGAAAAUCUCAAGGAAGACUGUGAAGACGUCUCAGUUUCAAUGGACAAGAGCUCAGACUCAGAAAAUACGAAAAUGCUACUGCACGGCGACCUACAGGUCAUCAUUGGCCACCUCCUAAACCCUCCUGAAGAACUAGAGCAUCCCAGCCUUGAUUAUGCCUUGAUCGAGAUUUAUCCCUAUUUUCGAGGCUUCAAAUUAAUGCCCUUAGAAAGUCAUCUUGGUUCGCCUCGCCUCCAUCCCCGUGGAGUCGCGGCGAGGCCCCGAGAUUCCAAAGUCCUUAGCGUCACGGGGUCAGCCGGUCUUUUACAUGGAACCAUGUCAGGAACUCCGACUUAUAUGACCAUACCUGGCUCUAGAAGGAUUCAGGAAUUGUGGACCGUCAGAUUUGAGGGCAAAUUGGUUAAUGGCGACUGUGGGUCGUGGGUAGUCAACGCUCAAAGUGGCGAUUUGUUGGGUCAUAUCGUCGCUGGCAGUCCGGAAUCCGGAGUGGGGUAUAUUGCUCCUGCAUAUCAGAUUCUAGAAGACGCAAAGACGAGGUUUGGAUUGGAUUUAGAAUUGUAUCCGACAACAGAGUCGACAGCAAUAAAGGACUUGCCCCUGUUCAAGACCAUUGCUACAUCAACUCCCGAUAUCUCAAUGGGCUUGGAAUCGAACGUUCAGGUGGGCGAACCUGCCGGUUGUCCUCUGAGUGCCUCUACACGACCACCCAGUUGUGAGCCUUCGCUAUCUAUGGGACUUGCAGAAAGCUCUCAGAUGAUAUCGAAGGAGGUUGUAAGCCGUCGAAUUAACGCAAAUGACGAGUUUUUAGAAAGACGCAAGCGGGCACGCCUAAACUUUCAGAUUGAAGUUAAGAAUAAGUUAGCUAGUUUCACAACGCCAAAGAUUACCUUCGAGCCACUCGUGGAGAACCUUUAUUGGCCGGCACUUUUGCCAGCCUUCAGUGCCAAGGAACCAGAAUCUGAGGAUGGCGGGCUUCUUAUGCAACAAGCAGCUAUCACUACGAUCGACCCAUUGAAAGGCGUUGCUAACGCCGAGAAUGGUGAACUCAUUUUUUUGAACAAUGCGAAAUCCCAGAAAAGUCAACCCAUUGUUCCUAAUCUAGUUAAUGGUAGUGCGGUGAAUGGAUCAACUUUACAGGGAGCAAACGGAAGAGGCUUCUAUAUGGCAUAUCUAGAAUCUCUAUGCCGACGUCGUUGCUGGCUAGAUCCCCGCUAUGCGACGGUUAGGAGUCCUUCGGGAUUUACCUGUGUAGUCCUCGUCAAUGGUCGGGUAUAUCGGACAGACAUCAGCUACGAGUCUGAUGGGCUAGCUCAGGAGAACGCAGCAAUGCGGGCAUUCAUGGUGUGCCGUAACUUUUCGGUCAAUGGAGGCAUGCUCGCACGUAAUGGCGUUGUUCAGGGUCUGACAGCCAAUAAGAGUAGUGGCAUGCAUAGGAGACGUGGUGGCUAUAGCAGCAGCGUAGCCUCCGCGUCUACCUAUAAUAGCAGCACCAGCAGCUCAACAACGACUUCUGAAUAA